AAAUGAUCUAUCAUUAUAUUGUCAGUGUCAGAUUACCUAACGUACCCCUCAAUGAAAAGUAUGUUGAAGUUAAUACUGCUAUUUCUGCUAGCAUAUCAGAGAAGUUCAACGCAUGAGCUAGUAGAGGAACUUACAGACAUCAAUUUCAAUGAAACUAUCACGAACCAACCUGUGUCCGCAGUCUUGUUCUACGCUUCUAAGGACUGCGAAAUGUGUAGUCAAAUGGUCAAAAGAUUCACAACUGCGGCUUCUAGACUGGUAGAGUUCGAGCAGCCUAUCGGAUUCUACAAAAUAGACUGUUUAGAUGAAGGCAAGGACACCUGCGAUGAGCAAAUGGUCAUUGACCCACCGACGAUAGAAAUCUACAGACAUGGAGAGUAUGCGAACGAAGUCAAAAGGAUACAACUGCAACAAAUGAUCGAGAUUAUAAAAAAAGUAGCUAGGAUGGGAUCUAUUCGUGUAGACACUCUUCAGGAGCUAGAUGAUUUGUUGAAUAUGAAUUUGUACGUGGUUUUGGGACUUUUUGAGGACGAUUCAGACCUGCGCAAAGUAUAUCUCAGGGUGUCUGACAAAAUGAUGGACCGGUAUCUUUUCCUGGACACAUCCUCCAAAGAAUUACUGGAUCAUUUCCAACUGAAAGACGACAUCAUUAUAUUACGUAUACCAGAACUGAAAAACGAUUUUGAAGACAGAAAGGAUGUCUAUAAAGGCAGUCCUGAUACUAAACAACUAAAACAAUUUGUCGAAAAGAAAUACCACGGAUUAGUAGCAAUUCAUCACAAAAAUAACAAGCACCUUUUUAAACCUCCAAUGGUCUUGAUAUACUGUCAUCAUUCUGACGACGGAGCUUUGAUAUUCUGGAGGAAUCAGAUUUACCCAGUAGCCACCAAAUUUAGCCAAAAUGUCACCUUCGUUGUUAGCAAUUUGACCCAAGAGCUCAAAGGGUAUGGUUACGACAUUUUGACAGACCAUGUAGCUGUGGUUGCAAAGGAUACUGUAGGGCAGAAAUUUGUGAUGGACGACGAAUUUAAUUAUGAGACGUUUGAGGAGUUUGUGACGAACUUUUUGGAGAAAAAGUUGGUACCUUUUCUGAAGUCGCAGCCUAUCCCUGAGAACAGUGGUAGGCUGGUAAAGGAGAUAGUAGGCAAAAGUUUCAGAGAUUUGGUUCUAAACAGUGGAAGAGACACAUUCAUAGGUCUUUACGCAGCCUGGUCUCCACAUUGUCAAAGCCUUGAGGAGCAAUACGACCAGUUGGCUAAGAAACUGGCAGAUGAGGAUAUCGACAUAGUAAGAAUGAAUGUCAAUGAAAAUGAUGUCCCUCUGCCCUAUCACGUAAUCGAGUACCCCACAGCGUACUUUGCUCCUAAGAGCAAUAAAUCGCAUCCUAUACUGUAUGAUGGUGAGAAAAAGUUAGAUACAGUGAUUAGGUUCAUUGCAAGGCAUGCUACUGAGGAGUUGAAAGGGUGGGACAGGCUUGGGAAUAAAAAGAAACUAAAAACUUCAUCAAAAACUGAGUUGUAACGUUUUAGUUUAUUGUUGUAUCUUAAUGUAGCUAUUUGUUGUAUAUGUUUUUAAUUGAAGAAAUAUAUAGCUAAUGAUUUAAGA